CAAGGUUCCCACUCGCUCAUACUGCACUGCACCAUACCACACUGGCCUGCGCCGCGCGUGUGCUGCCACCUGACGCUGACCCGAAUACCGGCUGCGUGCACGCUACCUCUCCGCUACGAACAUGUACAACUACGGUGCUCCCGGAUUCAAUCGGCCGCCAGGCUUCUCGGGCCCGCCGCCUGGCAUGGCACCUCCUCCCGGCAUGGGCCCCCCCGCUGGCAGCUCUGGCCCUCCAGCACCCGGCAUCACUCCUCCCCCCGGCGUCGGCCAUGCGCAGCCUUCUGUUCUCGGCGGCCCGCGUUCUCUGCCCCCAAAUUGGCAGCCUCCGACUAACAUGCCCAACAUCAACUUCAACGCUCCAGUCAUCCACUUCGGUACCUCUGGCUCCGCACGCGGCGCCGCUCUGGAUGGCUCUGGCGGGCGCCGAGAGAGCGCCGCGCCCGGUGGUCGGCGCGGACUGGGAAUGGAUGGGGCCAUGCGCGAUGCCGACCAAGGGCAGAAGGCUCGAGACCUUCAGGCCAGCCUGGUGCCCCCCUCCCGCGAGGAGAUUGCACGCACCAUCUUCAUCGGCAAUAUCCCCGAUGGCGUUGGUGGUGAUGAAGGCAUGCAGAGGAUCCUGGCCACCGCAGGCAACCUACGCCGCUGGACGAGAUGCACUGAUGCAAAGAAUAAGCCUUGCACUUUCGGUUUUGCCGAGUACGAGGAUGCCGAGAGCCUAGAGACCGCUGCCGACAUCUUCCAAGAUGUCCAAGUUCCGGCUGAGAGACAGGUUCCUAGCAAAGUCAAGAAAGAAGAAGCAACGAAUGGAGACGUGAAGAUGGAAGAUGGAGAAGAGAAGGACGAGGUUAAGAAGACUAAGCUCCAGGUCGUCGUUGAUGAUGCCUCUAAGCUGUAUGCAGAGGAGUGGAAGUCCCGCCGAGGUGAUGAUGAGGCCACCACCCAAUUCCGGAUCCAUACCGCAAAGGAGGCUCUGGCAGGUGUGCUAGCAAGCCUGUUCAACCCGCAGUACCCUCUGCCAAUGGAUCUUGCCGCAGACACAGUCAUGCAUGACACGCAAGCUCACGAGAACGGCGAGCACGCUGAGAUAGUUACGAUUCAGUUCUCCGCCGACGACGAGUUGGCCGACAUUCCAGAGGAAAUGCGUGAGACUGUCGCCGCUGAGAUCGCUGCAUUUAGGGAUCGGGCCAACCAACGCGACCAGGAGCGGCUCGCCCUCGAGGAGAAGAUUGAAGCCGAAGAGCGCAUCAAGAACAGGUCGAAUCGCUUGGCGUCUCCGCCGGCUUCCGCUCCUAUUGGACCGGCCGGUGCCAACGGUGUUCCUCUUGGACCCAGGGCUGAGCGAGGUAUUCAAGGCGCGCCGAGCGGACCACGGGGAGGUUCUCAAUUUCCAAGUGACUACCAGGCGGGCGUGGCAUUUGUCAACGGCAGCGGCACCAAGAAUGGGGCCUGGAGCUUGCGCGAUGACGAUGACGAUCCGGCUAGCGAUGAGGAGAUCAUGGAACGGCGUCAAGAACAGCGACGAAAUCAGCUUGACCGUGAAUUCAAGGCCAAAGAACGCGGUUGGAUGAACCGAGAGGGGAAGACCGUUGCAUCUCUUCGGCGAGUGGAUGAACGUCACACGAACAAGGAAGAGAUCCGUCAACGGAAUAAAGAAGCCCAGGCCAGUCUUUUGCGAACCUUCGAUGAUACCAUAGAAAUGCAGCAGAAGAAUCACGUUUACUAUAGCGACCACGGCGCUUGGACACGGGCUCGAAACGACUUCCUCGCGAAAGAAGUCCAGGAAGAUGCCAUCGACCGUGCCCAGGAGGAUGUUGAAUUGGCUGCCUGGAAGAAACAGAGGGAAGCCGCCCGUGGAAUGGCAGAUGCGUUCCUGGAUCAACAAGCAGAGGAGCUGUUGCGCCCUCAAGCUCCACGCGAGCCGCAGCGCUUCAAGCUUUCUCUUGGUGCAGCCGCCAAAAAGGUCGAAGAAGCAGCCGCCACGCGUCGCACCGCUGCCGAAAUCGAGAACUUGCUUGAAGACGAGGAAGACGCCGACGCACCGAUCCAUAAACGGCCUCUUGUUCCCAUCAAGUUUGAUCCUUCCAUUCGAGCUAACCUUACCUCUGAAGAAAUCGCCGAGGCGCAGCAACAGCUUGCUAGGGAAAUUCCAAAUGAUAAGGAAGGGCUCUGGAAGUGGGCCAUCUCCUGGAAUGACUUGCCUGAAAAGAACAUAUCCAAGGACAUUAAGGAUUGGGCUGAGAAGAAGAUUGUGGAAUCCCUGGGCGUGCAGGAGGACAUGUUAGUUGAUGCAAUCGUGGACCAUAUUCGCGAGAAGAAGGGGCCUCAAGAUCUUGUCGAAGAACUAUCAGAAUUCUUAGAGGACGAUGCGGAGCAGCUGGUCAAAAAGCUAUGGCGAAUGGUCAUCUACUAUAGCGAAAGCGAGAAACGUGGUAUCAAAUGAUUAUCAUGUUGACUUUGGCAGCCUGGAUAUCUUGGAGUUCAAACCUGACUCUAAGAUCUGCUUUCGAUGGCGGUGAGUGUCUCCGACCAUCAUAUCGAGCUAUUGAUCGGGUUUCCGGCAGGUCAAAGCAUGCUAUGAUCCACAUACUGGAAUUCGAGGUUUUCGAUGUAGGGCAUCUUUCAUGAUGGCGUGGGCUGAACUUUCGUAUAGUGAGUGGUCAUCAUGCAUUCAUGCUUUGACCAACACUUAAAUCUUUGUAAUAGUAGGCAACUUCACGAGGCGAUCAGUGGGAGGGAUGAGCUUCAGCUCGCGGCUAGUACAAUGGAACCCUACCCCUCUGU